UUUACCAUGUCAAGGAGCAACUCCGCGUUACUUUCAAUUAAUUCUAUAUAUUUCCUCCCCUGUUUAAUUCCUGAGUUUACGUUAAUGCCAGUCUUCUUCUCUGCACAUUCUGCUGGGUUAAUCAUGGCAGUUUCUACUAUGAUCUACAACCGAUUUCCGGCUACCUUAAACACCGAUGUCACCCGGGUCUCUGUUAUCUGUGCCCGUCAGGUUGGUGUCGAUCAUCACCUGCUUGACACUAAGAAGUUAUCCAGUCAGGGCAAACGCCUCUCUGAAUCACUGUCAAAACUUGUGCAGCUCACAAUCGAGACCCCCUACAGGAGAAAUCUUCGAAACCACAACUGGGUUUUGGUUAAUGAAAUUGUGGAGAAACAUAACGCUCCGGCGAAGUCUCCCAAGGAGGUGAUUGCAGAUAAGUGGCGGGAACUUCACGGUUCCAUGGACUGGGAAGAUCUAUUAGACCCGCUUCACCCCUUGCUCCGGCGAGAGAUUGUCAAGUACGGCGAGUUUGCACAGGCGACGUACGACGCUUUUGAUUUUGAUUCCUUCUCGGAGUACUGCGGGAGCUGCCGGUACAACCGGAACAAGCUUUUCGAGAAGGUUGGACUCGACGGGAGUGGGUACAUCGUGACCAAGUACAUCUAUGCCAUGUCACACAUUGAAAUGCCACAGUGGCUGGAGAAGUCCCAUUUGUUGGACACGUGGAGUAAAGAUUCCAACUGGAUGGGUUACGUGGCGGUCAGCGACGACGUGGAGACAUGUAGGAUUGGGAGGAGGGAUAUCGUGGUGGCAUGGCGGGGCACGGUGUCGCCGGCGGAGUGGUACGAGGAUUUUCAGAGGGAGAUGGAGCCGAUUGGGGCGGGGGACGCUAAAGUAGAACAUGGGUUCUUGAGUAUUUACUCUUCGAAAAGCAAAUCCACCCGAUACAACAAAUCUAGCGCAGCCGAGCAAGUCAUGAAAGAAGUGAAGAAACUGGUGGAAUUCUAUAGAAGACAAGGCGAGGAAGUAAGUCUGACGAUCACCGGCCACAGUCUCGGCGGCGCGCUGGCUCUCCUCAAUGCCUACGAUGCUGCUGUCGCCAUUCCAGACCUCCCUGUCACCGUGAUUUCCUUUGGCGCGCCGAGAGUCGGCAACAUUGCCUUCCGGGACGAGCUUCAGCGGCUCGGAGUCAAAACGUUGCGGGUCGUCGUCAAGCAGGACCUCGUUCCACGGAUGCCGGGCGUCGUAUUCAACGAGGCCCUCCAAUUGUUCGAGGAAAUUACAGGGACGUUAGAAUGGAUUUACACCCACGUCGGAGUUGAACUGAAACUUGAUAUUAAUUCAUCACCUUACCUCAAACGUAGAUUCAACCCAUUGGGAUUUCAUUGCCCUGAGACUUACCUUCACCUUGUCGACGGCUUCUCGAGCUCAAGCUUAACUUUCCGAUCAGAUGCCCGACGAGAUGUUGCAUUGGUGAACAAGUGCUGUGAUAUGUUGGUGGACGAGUUGAGAAUUCCACCCAGUUGGUAUCAGUUGGAGAACAAAGGUCUGGUACGCAAUGAACAUGGAAGAUGGGUUAAACCCACAAGAGACCCAGAAGACAUUCCUUCACCAAUUGGAGAAGAAAAUGCAUUUCCUUCUCCAAAUUCAGACCCAGAAAAGUUAUCAAGAAUACAACACUAAAUUUGUAUAAAUAAAUAAAUAAAUUUAUUUAUUUAUU